AUGGGUCGGGGCAGAACGCCGCACGGACUCGUGCCCAACGCGAGAGCGCGCAGAAUCGCGUACGAGAAGAGGAAGAACGGCCUGAUGAAGAAAGCCCGCGAGUUCUCCGUCCUCUGCGGCGUCGACACCUGCGUCGUCGUGUUCCCCGAGGCGGCGGCCGGCGUCGACCGCCCGAUUGCGCCGGAAGUCUGGCCGCCAGAUCACGGCGAGGCCAGGCGCAUCAUCGAGCGCUACAGAUCCGCAUCGCGCGACGCCUUAGCCGACCGGAAGAAGAAGAAGAAGAAGAAGGAGAAGCUCGACCUCGGCGGGGCGGGAGAGGGAGAGCUCCUGGGGGAAUUGUCGGAGAGACAACUGAGGUCGCUCCUGAGCAUUCUCGGCGACGGGGUCGACCUCGCGAAGCGGAAGCUCGCCGCGGUGAAAGAGGAGAAGAGGGUCGCGAUGGCGGGCGCGAUCUUGGGUCCGUGCAACGAAGAAGGCCCGAGCGUCGACGCGGUGCCGCAGAAGACGCCGCACCAGCGUGCGCGGCCGGUACGCCGGAAUGGGUCGCCGGUGCUCAGCCCAACAACGCUCACUGCUCGUACUGCUCCGUCGACGGCGGCUGGGAAACCCUCGCAAUGGAGGAGGACGAUUCUACUUUCUUCCGUUCUUUUCUGA